GCUCAGGAACCCAAACCUGUCGGGCAGGUUUUGAGAGCUGUGGAGAGAGGGACAGAGGCUGGAGAAGGAUGCACGAUCUGCCCUGGGCUUGCCUGUUCCCUCCUGAGCCUGAGCGCCUUACCUUCCCGACCCCAUGAGGCACGCACAGGCUCUGCUGGCUCCCCUGCUGGGCCUGGGCCUGGGCCUGGGCCUGGCCCUGAGUCAGCUGGCGGCGGGGGCCCCAGACUGCAAGUCCAUCGGCCCGGCAGAGCACCUGGCAUUCAGCCCAGCAGCCAGGGCCCGGUGGCUGGCUCCUCGAGUUCGUGCACCAGGGCCCCUGGACUCCCUCUAUGGGACCGUGCGCCGCUUCCUCUCCGUGGUGCAGCUCAAUCCUUUCCCUUCAGAGUUGGUAAAGGCCCUGCUGAAUGAGUUGGCCUCUGUGAAGGUGAAUGAGGUGGUGCAGUAUGAGGCAGGCUACAUGGUGUGCGCCGUGAUCGCGGGCCUCUACCUGCUGCUGGUGCCCACCACCGGGCUCUGCUUCUGCUGUUGUCGCUGCCACCGGCGCUGCGGGGGCCGAGUGAAGACAGAACACAAGGCACUGGCCUGUGAACGCACAGCGCUCAUGGCCUUCCUGCUGCUGACCACCCUCAUGCUGCUGAUUGGCGUGGUCUGUGCCUUCGUCACCAACCAGCGCACGCACGAACAGACGGGCCCCAGCAUCGAGGCUGUGCCUGAGACCCUGCUCAGCCUCCGGGGCCUGGUCUCCGAUGUCCCCCAAGAGCUGCAGGCCGUGGCACAGCAGUUCUCCCUGCCCCAGGAGCGAGUCUCGGAGGAGCUGGAUGGUGUCGGCGUGAGCAUUGGGAGCACGAUCCACACUCAGCUCAAGAGCACCAUGUACCCCUUGCUGGCAGCCGUGGGCAGCUUGGGCCAGGCCCUGCAGGUCUCCAUGCACCACCUGCAAGCCUUGAAUGCCACAGUGGUGGAGCUGCAGGCCGGGCAGCAGGACCUGGAGCCAGCCGUCCGGGAACACCGGGACCGCCUCGUCGAGCUGCUGCAGGAGGCUGGGUGCCAGGGAGACUGUGCAGGGGCCCUGAGCCGGGCCCGCACCCUGGAGCUGGCUGCUGACUUCAGCCAGGUACCCUCUGUGGACCAUGUCCUGCACCGGCUAAAGGGUGUCCCCGAGGCCAACUUCUCUAGCAUGGUCCAGGAGGAGAAUAGCACCUUCAAUGCCCUUCCAGCCCUGGCUGCCAUGCAGACGGCCAGCGUGGUACAAGAGCUGAAGAAGGCAGUGGCCCAGCAGCCAGAAGGGCUGAGGAUGCUGGCUGAAGGGUUCCCAGGCUCGGAAGCAGCUUCCCACUGGGCCCAGGCUCUGCAGGAGGUGGAAGAGAGCAGCCACCCCUACCUGCAGGAGGUGCAGAGAUACGAGACCUACAGGUGGAUCUUGGGCUGUGUGCUGUGCUCCGUGGUCCUGCUCGUGGUACUCUGCAACCUGCUAGGGCUCAACUUGGGCAUCUGGGGCCUGUCUGCCAGGGAGGACGCCAGCCACUCAGAAGCCAAGGGUGAAGCUGGAGCCCGCUGCCUCAUGGCAGGCGUGGGCCUCAGCUUCCUCUUCGCUGCCCCCCUCAUCCUCCUGGUGUUUGCCACCUUCCUGGUGGGUGGCAACAUGCAGACUCUGGUGUGCCGGAGCUGGGAGAGCGGUGAGCUCUUUGAGUUUGCAGACACCCCAGGGAACCUGCCCCCGUCCAUGAACCUGUCACACCUUCUCGGCCUGAGGAAGAACAUCAGCAUCCACCAAGCCUAUCGGCAGUGCAAGGAAGGGGCGGCGCUCUGGACAGUCCUGCAGCUCAACGACUCCUACAACCUGGAGGAGCACCUGGAUAUCAGCCAGUAUACCAACAAGCUACAGCAGGAGUUGCAGAGCCUGAAAAUAGACACACAGAGCCUGGACCUGCUGAGCUCAGCCGCCCGCCGGGACCUGGAGGCCCUGCAGAGCAGUGGGCUCCAGCACAUCCACUACCCUGACUUCCUUGUUCAGAUCCAGAGGCCCGUGGUGAAGACCAGCACUGAGCAGCUGGCCCAGGAGCUGGAAGGACUGGCCCAGGCCCAGGGCAAUUCUUUGCUGGGGCAGCGGCUGCAGCAGGAGGCCCAUGGACUCAGAAACCUCCACCAGGAGAAGGUUGUCCCCCAGCAGAGCCUUGUGGCAAAGCUCAACCUCAGCGUCAGAGCCCUGGAGUCCUCUGCUCCGAAUCUCCAGCUGGAGACCUCAGAUGUCCUAGCCAAUGUCACUUACCUGAAAGGAGAGCUGCCUGCCUGGGCCGCCAGGAUCCUGAGGAAUGUGAGUGAAUGUUUCCUGGCCCGGGAGAUGGACUACUUCUCCCAGUAUGUAGCCUGGGUGAGAGAGGAGGUGACUCAGCGCAUCGCCACCUGCCAGCCACUCUCUGGAGCCCUGGACAACAGCCGUGUGAUCCUAUGUGACAUGAUGGCUGACCCCUGGAAUGCAUUCUGGUUUUGCCUGGCAUGGUGCACCUUCUUCCUGAUCCCCAGCAUCAUCUUUGCUGUCAAGACCUCCAAAUACUUCCGUCCCAUCCGGAAACGCCUCAGCUCCACCAGCUCUGAGGAGACUCAGCUUUUCCACAUCCCCCGGGUCACCUCUCUGAAGCUGUAGGGCCCCGUGGAAUCACAUGGGACAUCUGUGGAGCUGCAGAGCUAGCAGUCCUUCCAGGUGUCUACCCCUCACCCUCCUGCUGCAGAACAUCCUCACAGGAAGAGCCUGUUCUCUACCUGCUGGAGCCUGGUCCCCAGGGCGGGACAGAUGCCUGGUCCAACCUCGCUCCCCUUCCCAUGUGUCCUCCCCCUGCCAAGCCUCCCUCUGCCCUUCUCAAGCUCUUUGCAACCCCCAUUCUGAUCUGGCCUCCCCCCAGCCCCCACUUCCCUCUUAUGCCCCUCCCAGCUUUUUACUUCCUUCCUUCAGGGAGGUCCUUUUCUCCCUUUGUCCCUUCUUCCCCUUAUCCCCACUGCUACCUUGCUGGCCCUAGGGACCAUCCUGCCCAACCAAACUACUCAGGUAAUGCCACUCAACAGGCAGGGGUCACCAUGGCUGAGAUCUGGGCUAGCUGCAGGCCCUGCCCCAUGGCCCCUGAGUCCUCCACUGCCCCAAGGCCUUGGGCCCUCUGCAGCUCCCAGUCCGAAUUUAUUAGUGCCCAGUGAGGCGAGGGAGGCUUGUCUGAAGGCUGAGCCUCCCUGACUGCACUCAGGUUAGAAAUGGGGGUGCUGGCACUUAGCUCCUCUCUGAGCACUGGCUCCCAAGAAAGGGAUCUUGGACCUGGGCCACUCUGGGGGCUCACCCUUAUCUCUUCAGAAGGCUGCAUCUUCCACAGCCCCCACCAAGCUUUCUCAGGAGGCAUCUCGUGGCCAGAACAGGAUUUUGCAGUACCCCUUCUAUCCUGCGCAUGUGGCCUGGGGCCAUCCCCAGCCUAUCUCUGUGUCAGCCCUGAGUGCUGGAUGCUGCAUUCCAGAAAUGAGGAAGAGGAGAGAGAAGAGAUAGACAGACCUCAGAUCCAUUAAAGUGUUCUUACUUCCCUGA